AAAUUACUGAGAAGAAAAUCCGUCGAACAGCAGUGAGACGAAACGACGCCGUUUGCAGGUUUGCAUUGGAAAACUUGAAUGAGCCAGCUCCGUUUCCUUUUCUUUCUAGCUCUCUCUCUCUCCUCGCCUAGCUCCCCGGAUUCUCAGGGCUUCUGGUAUACAAUUUUGAAGUGGAUUAAAUCGGGGGGCAAAAAUAAUGCAAUUCUUCGGAGGAUCAGAUAUAAGUCCGUCGCCACCGGCACCAACAGCAUCAGGAAACAAUGCUCACAUGAUGUAUGUAUUUAAUAGGAAUGGUGUCUGCUUGCUUUACAGAGAGUGGAAUCGUUCACUUCACACGCUGAACGCGCAGCAGGACCAUAAGCUCAUGUUUGGUCUACUUUUCUCGCUCAAAUCCCUAACUGCUAAAAUGGAUCCAACGAGUGGGGAGAAAGGAAACCUUGGGAUGCCACAAUUUCCUGGUCAAGGUUGUUCGUUCCAUAGCUUCCGUACAAACACUUACAAGCUUAGUUUCAUGGAAAGUCCUUCUGGGAUUAAGAUUAUCUUGGUUACUCAUCCUAGGACUGGUGAUCUACGGGAGUCCCUGAAAUACAUUUACAACUUGUAUGUUGAAUACGUUGUCAAAAACCCCCUCUACACGCCUGGAACUCCUAUCAGGUGCGAGUUGUUCAAUACUUCUCUUGACCAAUAUAUAAGAAGCGUAGCAUAAUACGUCUUGUAGCACUUUUCUGCUGUCAUCUGGCUACACGCUGGAUAUUGGUUCAUUUCAAGGGAGAAAAUGAGCGAGGACUUCUGUCUGGCCGACCACUUGCCAAACCUAGCUCCUACUGCACUGUGUACUUGAAGAUUUGGAGCCUAGUCUGUCGGGAUUACCAAUUGUGCCUGGAAAAUUUCAAAAAUUCCACUGAAGUGCAACACUAUCCAGCUUAUUUGUAAGUUUCAGCAUACAAUACCUACGUUGUGGUAUAUUUUGCCCACAUUAUUUCAAAAUGGGACUAACUGCAAGUCUGUCCUUUUUUCUUA